AUGUGGUACAAACUGGUACUUUUUAUAGUGCUUGUGAGCCAUGCGGCUUCCGUACAACGCCUUAGUGUAGAUUUCGUUGAAAACGCCAAAGUAUUUGACUUAAAUCCGGGCCGUAUAGUAUCAGGAUGGGACGCUUUACCUGGUCAGUUUCCAUACCAGGUCUCUCUCCGGGCACGUAAUAAUAUAGGACAGCUCCUUGGCUGCGGAGGGUCAGUUAUACACCAAUCAUGGGUCCUGACAGCCGCGCACUGCACAGCUAACUACCUUCAAGUGACCGUCCGCGCAGGUCUAACACGUGUUGUAUCAGCGGAGUAUAUUUGGGAUUCGUGGGAGUGGUACAACCACCCCACCUAUAUCAGCAGCCAGCCAGGAGCAGUGCAGCCCAAUGACGUUUCUCUUAUUAGACUGUCCAUGGCCAUGACUUUUUCUAGAAACCUACAAAGUAUCAAACUCCAAUCAUCCUGGGAUUCCUACAGGAAUUACGAUAAUGAGAGACUGAUUGCUAGCGGAUGGGGAAGGACCUGGACAAAUGGACCAGCAGCCGAUCAGUUACAGUGGACCUACCUUCGCGGUGUCGAUGAUUUCCACUGUUCCCAGUUAUUUGGUUCUCGUCUUAUCAACGGUAAUGCGAUCUGCGCACGCUGGUACAACAUUACCUCACAAUCUGUCUGCCAGGGUGACAGUGGUGGUCCCUUAGUAGAAUACAAAGACGGUGUCCCAACCUUGGUGGGAGUCACCUCCUUCGUAGCUGGAGUUGCAUCUGGAGGUUGCCACUCUGGACAUCCUGGAGGUUUCAUUCGACCAGGACCCUUCCACUCGUGGUUCCGCCAAGUCACUGGCCUCAACCUGGAUAGCAAUUUCAGGAAUGAGAAUGACAAAUCGUUCGCUCAAUAG